GCUUACGCGGACAAGGCCCGCCUAUUGGCCGGUCUCCGGACUUCCAACAGACAGUUGUAUGUUUCAUAAAAAUGCACUCUGAUGCGGCAAAUUUACAGCUGAAUUCCCAUUUGACUACACUGGCCAGCAUCCAUAAGAUCCACCACACCUUGCACAAGCUGAACCUGACAGAAGACGUUGGACAGGAUAGCCACCCCUCAGCGUGUUGCUCCAGAGCCAUGCCUCCGAGGAAAAAGAGGAGACCCUCUGCCGGAGAUGACAUGUCGGCCAAGAAAAGCCGCCAAGACAGCGCUUUCAGGAAACAUGAAACGUCACAAAUUCGCGAGGAGGAGACGUUUGCCAGUAAAAGAUGUCUGGAGUGGUUCUAUGAAUAUGCAGGCUGCGAGGAUGUAGUGGGUCCGGACGGAAUGGAGAAGUUCUGCGAGGACAUCGGAGUGGAGCCCGAGAACGUGGUGAUGCUGGUUCUGGCCUGGAAGCUGGAUGCCCAGAGCAUGGGCUACUUCACCCUGCAGGAGUGGCUGAGAGGGAUGGGCUCGCUGCAGUGCGACUCCACAGAGAGGCUGAGGAACUCGCUUGACUACCUGAGAUCUGUCCUCAACGACAGCACCAGUUUUAAGCUCAUCUAUAGAUACGCCUUUGACUUCGCUCGGGAAAAGGAUCAGAGGAGUUUGGACUUGAACACCGCCAAGUGCAUGCUGGGUCUUCUUCUGGGGAAGACGUGGCCUCUGUUUCCUGUGUUUAAUCAGUUUCUAGAGCAAUCUAAGUACAAAGUCAUCAACAAGGACCAAUGGUGCAAUGUUUUAGAGUUCAGCAGGACAAUCAACCUGGACCUCAGCAACUACGACGAGGACGGCGCCUGGCCGGUUUUGUUGGACGAGUUCGUGGAAUGGUACAAGGAGAGACAGAUGUCAUAGUCGCCAAGGAGAAACUAAAAUAAAGAGGAAUACAACUGUGACAACAAACGACUAUGAGAAUCAACAACCAACAAGUAAACCGUACGACGAUGGUAAAGAAGUGACUGUGGGUGCUUCCUGGUUAAGGGGGGGCGAGGCGGCGGUCUGUGGGUGGGCUACGGUAGGGGGGUUGGGGGGCACUGGUUUUGCAUCCCAGGUGCACGCCGCCCAGAGCGCGGAGGGCUGCCAUAGUGGUGUUAUGUCCCCUACCGAAGUUGCAUUGUGGGGAAGCCUGCAGGCAAAUCCUCACCACCCCCCCACCCGGUGGUAUUGCUCUCUCUCACUGUGACCUGUGUGUGUGUGUGUGUGUGUGACUGUGUGUGUGUGUGUGUGUGUGUGUG